UAUGUUCCGUUACUGCUCGAGACACCGACUGGAGACAAAACGGUACAGUGAUUUAUUCUCUGUUAGCUGGUGAGGUGAACGGUGCCCCGGUGUCCUCCUAUCUGUCUGUUAACGGAGACACGGGGGUGAUCCACGCUGUGAGGUCAUUUGAUUAUGAACAGUUCAGGAGUUUUAAAGUCCACGUGAUGGCCAGAGACAACGGUUCUCCUCCGCUCAGCAGCCACGUGACCGUCAGUGUCUUUAUAUCUGAUGUGAAUGACAACUCUCCUCAGAUACUGUACCCCUCCCCUGAGGGCAACUCCUUCAUGACCGAGCUGGUCCCCAAAGCUGCACACGGAGGCUCUCUGGUGUCCAAAGUGAUAGCGGUGGACGCGGACUCCGGACAGAACGCCUGGCUGUCCUAUCACAUAGUCAAAUCCACUGAUCCGGGACUUUUCACUAUUGGUCUCCACAGCGGAGAGAUCAGGACACAGCGGGACAUUUCUGAAUCAGACAGCAUGAAACAGAACCUUAUUGUGUCAGUGAAAGAUAACGGACAGCCCUCUCUCUCUGCCACCUGUUCCAUGUAUUUACUUAUUUCUGAUAACUUGGCUGAGGUGCCAGAACUGAAGGAUAUUUCUUAUGAUGAGAAGAAUUCCAAACUGACCUCUUAUCUGAUCAUCGCGCUGGUUUCUGUGUCCACCUUUUUUCUGACCUUCAUCAUCAUCAUCCUGGGUGUGAGGUUUUGUCGCAGGAGAAAGCCCAGACUGUUGUUUGAUGGAGCAGUUGCCAUCCCUAGCGCUUAUCUUCCUCCUAAUUACGCAGAUGUUGACGGCACAGGAACUUUACGCAGCGCUUACAAUUAUGACGCAUAUCUGACAACAGGAUCUAGAACCAGUGACUUUAAGUUCGUGACAUCUUACAAUGACAACACACUGCCUGCUGACCAGACUCUGAGGAAAAGUCCUAGUGAUUUCGCUGAGGUCUUUCAAGAUUCGUUGGAUACUCUAGAGGUAGGCGCAGUCAAAUCCCUUAAUCUGUGUGGAUUCUUUACACCCAAACAAAUUCAGAUUAGUUUAGGUGACAUUGUUUGAACACCACUUUUUUUUCUGUAGUUUUUAAAUGGGGUGGACUGACAGAACAAAAUGUCAAUUGUUGUCUGUCUGGAUAUGUUGUCUUUAACCUCAAGUGGCUUUUUAAAACGGAUUUUCUUCAAAAAUGCUUAUUAACCUCAUUCCUCUUUCAUGCGGCUGUUUUAUCAAAAUUACGAUUUUUGGUUCAAGUGUAAAUUUUUAUGUCCAUGAUGGAUUAUCUAAUGCAAAAAAAAUAUCCCAAAAGUAUAGGAUAAUUUUCUUUCUAUCACUUGCCAUCCCACAUUUGUUAUAUUGCCUAUGUGUGGCCUGAGUUUCGAAAUGCUUCAUUGUCUUUUAAGUAAUGUAUAUGAACGUUUUGCUUUCUCUUCCUAUAAUCCUUGAACUGAAAUCGGCCAAUGACAAUCGUUUCAUAUGGAAGCCUACUGCUGCGGUAUAAGCACCGACUUUAAUCUAAAUGAGGUUCAGUCAGUGCCCAUAACUUAUACUGGAAACCAGUUGUUGGUAUGAAGACCACAUUCUUCCCUAACCUGUGGCCUAGAGUGGUGGGAUAAUGAAGAAAGAUAUAGUAUCAACUGAUUUAGGUUAUGCCAACCUGUGUGGUUUUCAUGGAUCCAUCAUAUUUCUCAGCUCUUUAUCAUCCUUAUUUAUAGCUAUAGCAGCUAUUUCUCUUAAAGAACUCCUGGAAUGGUGCUGUUUGGUAUGUGAAUCAGUGUAUCACCUUAAGAAAAACGACCACAGUUUUGUUAGUAUUACUUUCAUUUUGCAGUUUGGUAAAUCUUCUGAGACUCAUGUUAAACAUGGUCCCUGGCCCAUGUUUUGCGAUAUACUGUGGUAACUAUCCAUUGUGCUGAAAACAACCCAACCCUUAUGGAUUUCCACUCAAAAUACAGCGAAUUAGUUUCAGAGAAGGAGUUGGAUAGAAAAAAACAACAAGAGCUUACAGUUGUGCUUGUGGCAACAGAUAGAGGCACACCUCAGAGAUCGGGUACUGCAGUAAUUCACGUCACUGUGCUGGAUGCUAAUGAUAACGCCCCAGUGUUUAGUCAGGCCGUUUAUAAAGCCUGUCUGCCUGAAAACUCUCCUUUAGACACUGUGGUGGUCACAGUGAGUGCAACUGAUGCAGAUGAGGGAGUCAAUGGAGAUGUGACAUAUGAAUUUGAUCACAUUUCAGAUGAGAGUAACAACGUGUUUUCUCUUGAUCAGACAACUGGUGAAGUGAAAGUAAGUAGAUCAAUAGAUUAUGAGGAGUUGUCCUCCUAUGAAAUGGAAAUUACUUUUGCGAUAUACUGUGGUAACUAUCCAUGGUGCUGAAAACAACCCAACCCUUAUGGAUUUCCACUCUCGUCACUGGAGUGCAGGAAAACAGUUUUAUGGAGGUAAAUACGCACUGAUAUUUAGAAUAGAAAGCUUCCCUCUACAUUUUUAUUUGGCAAUUUAUUUAUGUUUCGAUUUGACUGCAGCCUAGAAUAUGUUGUUUUUUUCUUUCUCAUCACUGACUCAAUUAUUCAAGUAUUUUGUAAUACCUACAAUUUGCUCACAGUGUCGCUGUCCACUAGAUUUACGUAAUGGUGCUGCUUUAUGUCACUCUGGCCUGCACGCCUGAACAUUUCUAACCCACAAUAGAUUGUUCAUUGCUUCAAGCAGCGACGUCGCACCGUUUAUUAUCUGACUUGCAAUUGUUGUCCAAAGAGGAUUCUGGUUCGCUGAUUAUUUUUAUUUUAAAAGUCUUUGUUGGAGUGGAUUGGGCACUGGUCUUGCAUGAACAUGGGACACAAAGAAUUUUCCGUGCUCGGCCUGGUUAUCUCGUUGGGAGUAUUUCUUCUGGCGCUGCCAACCGUGUGUGGAGAUGUGGCUUAUUCCUUUACAGAGGAGAUGAAACGCGGCU